AUGCGUGGUGGAACUACAGCUCCCGUCAUGCUCUGCUCGGGUUCGUUACGUUAGACGGGACGCUGGUAACUUGGAGACAAUUCGAAUCGUUUGGAGUGGGCUGGAGAAACGAAAAGGUUCGAAUAUGAACUGGGAAGCAAAGCUGGACUCUAUCCUGACUUCAACCGACAGCAAUAUGGCUAAAAUCAAGGAGAGGCUGUAUACAAGAGCGGAGCUCACAAGAGGAGACACUCAUUUGGAUUUGCCACUUGGGAAGAUAUCUCUCUAUGAAGACAGACCCUCUAAACCUUCGUCACCAUAUGUGUCCCCCACUAAUACCUUUAAUUAUGUAUCCUCCUCCGAAGACCUGGUGGCCAUCAGUAGCCAGCUUCUAUCUCAGGCCAAGAUGAUCUCCACACUUCACCAGUCGAUCGACAGACUGGAGCGAGACCGGGACCAGCAGCAGCAGAGAAUCCAAAGCUUGGAAGAUGAAGUACAUAGUCUGCGAGCUGCACGUAGGGACACUCAUCAGUAUGAGCUGGAGAGGAAGAUGGAAAGGCUUCGACAAGAGGUAUCAAGUGAAUUAAGGCACCUUCAGGAGAGAGGGCGAGACUCAUCUGCCGGAGCAUCAGGUUCCGGGCAGCGCUCUAUAGUCGGCGUCAUACAGGAGGUGAAUGAAAACAAAAGACUGCUUUGGAAAGAGUAUGAGAGCAUGCGCAGAGACACCGACUACCUGAACCAGCGCCUCCGCCAGCAGGAGGAGGACAUGCUUCAACAGAUCUCAGACAGUCAGGAAGUAAAGCGAGCCCAGGACAGGACCGCUAAGAUGCUGGAAGAAAUCCUGAGCAGCCAGCAGAUGCAGAGAGCGGAGGUGAGCAGAACGAGGUCUGACACCCAUGGAAUACAGCGAGACCUGCUGCAGAUCAGGUCGUCUAUCGGUGAGUUAAAGGAAGACGUGAGAAUCCUGGAAGGGAAGGUAUAUACGCACUCGGCCAGGAGAGAGAGAACUGAAAAAGCCAAAUCAAAACGGAGUAAGAAGGGAACCACAUUUUCUUCACCUUCUUCCAGCGAGGACUCUGCUUCCCAAAUCAACCUGGCUGAUAUUAGUUCCGAUGACACGUCCAGCAGCUUAGACAUCCCCUCUGUCUCACGAGGCUCCAAAGGAAAAUCCAGCAGCCACAAACUGGGCAGCAGAAAGAAAACCACCAUAUUCCUGAAAGAGGGUGACCUAAGCGAUGACCUUGAUGGGCUUUCCGACAGUCCUCCAGAACUCAGUUUCAAUGAUCUCUGACAUGGCUGUGAUGUCACUAGAAGGGGAGGGACAUUUACUUCUCAGGUCUUGGCAGCGCAGCAC